UCUCUCUCUCUCUCUCUCUCUCUCUCUGUCUCCCUCUCUUUUCCCUCUCUCUUUCUCUCCGCUCCUUUCUCUUUCUCCUUCAGCCGGUUAAUGACUUUUCCUGUCGUUUCCAGCGUCCGCGGGGGGGAAACGAGCUGAUUUCUCACGCUGACAGGGCGACGGUUACUAAGAAAUCUAGACGGAUAAAGACCACCAUCGCCAACUCGCUCGUUCGCAAGAUUUGAUUGGCUGAUCCAGUGUAAACACGGCCGCUGAUUGGUCCAGAGUUUAGCGCCUAACGGCCAGGCAGCGGCUUCCUCACUUUCUCCUGGCUGCAGGCGCUCGAGGAGACGCGGGCAGAAGCGAGGAGAGAGUCGACCUUCUGUCAAGGGAGGUAAACAGAUACUCGCUUUUUCUUUCGAACUGGCUCGUAAAAGUUAUUCUACCUCCGCCUGGCUUCGUUUUUUACCUCGUAGUUCGGUUUAAGGCUCUCAUCGAGUGAAAGCCAGGGUCUCUCCUCAGCCCCCACUUCAUGACUGGAUUCUGUAACCUAGCGUGUGUUGACUAGCUUGCUGACCAUGAAGUGACGUUUUCAUGGACCACUUUUGGAUCAGAUUCAUGAGCUGGCUUCUCCAGAAAGGGUCUCAUUUUCCACAUACAGCUACAAACAAUGCAGUGCUGCCCCGAGAGAAGCUUGCUUUGAGCAAGAGACCCGGCUAUGUGCUUUUACUAGAGCAUCCUGGGCUGAAACAUCUCCUAUGAAUACUGCAUGAGCUUGUAUGUGGUGAGGGCUUUUCUUGGGAAGCUCUCACAAAAAUGGCUCUCACAAACCUUUUCGCGCCGUAGUGUUAUGAACUUAACUCUUGAGGUCAGGAAGUAAAGGGCGUCUAUCUGUCCGACACAUGCUCAAAUGAACCUUCUCCUAGUGCCACUACUGCCAACCCCUGUCCUACAAGCUGUGGAUGCCUGAGUGGCCAGUGUGGCAAGCAUGGGGACCAGGCAGUCCAAGGACUCAGAGACAGGCUCCAGUCCGCUGCAAGGGGUGUGGAAACGGGCUCAGGGCUCCCUUCUGCUCCGCUCAUCCUCUGUUGACCGUACUGAAAGCUCCGGGGUGCCGCCACCCUACAAGCGCCGUGUUAGCAUGAUACAGGACAUGUUGCUGAUGGCGAAGGAGGGCAGGCAGGAAGAGGCCACGGAGCUGCUGAGACACCUGAGACAGGAUUUAGGAAUGGAGUCGACGUCUCUCGACGAUGUGCUGUACCGAUAUGCCAGCUUCCGUAACAUGGUGGACCCCAUCACUCAUGACCUCAUCAUCAGCCUCGCUCGCUACGUGCACUGCCCCAAAACAGAGGGCGAUUCUUUGAGUGCCAUGGAGAAGGUAUGUCGUCAGCUGACCUACCAUUUGAGCCCUCACCCACGCUGGAGGAGGCAGGGGCUUCUGAAGGGCAAACCCCAGGCCAGUCUGAAGGUAGUUCUCUCCACCCCUCCUGCUGGCGGCAUGCUGGACCUGUCCGGCAUCCCCCUCUCAUGGCGAGACACAGAGCGCCUGGUCAUUCAUCUGAGGCGCCACUCCUCCCGUGUGCGAAGCCUGGAGCUGGGCUUUACCGAGCUAACAGACAAUGCACUGCUGCUUCUGCUGCCCACGCUGGCUGCCCUGCCCGCACUGGAGAGCCUGGCGCUCAACGGCAACCGGCUGACCCGUGGCAUCCUGCGCCAGCUCACUGACACCCUGAAGGACCCAGGCAGCUUUCCAGCACUAGCCUGGGUGGACCUGGGCAACAAUGUGGACAUCUUCUCCCUUCCUCAACCUUUCUUGCUGGGCCUGCGCAAGCGCUGCCCCAAGCAGGGCAAUCUGCCCACCAUCCAAGAGCAGGGAGAGGCACAGCCAGGCGAGGCUGAGGAGAGGGGGUUUGGGAUGGCGGGCUGGGCCGGGUGCGGGGCAUGUGGAAGCACAAGUCUGGAGGAGGUUGGAGAGGAGGAGACAUCCACGUGGACUUCAGGGUCAGCAGAUGAGACAUGAUGACGAUGUCGCUGGUAUGAGGAGAAUUUCCAAGUGUCUCUAAUAGUUAGAUAAGUAACAGCCUUCAGGUGGACGUGGAAGAAGGGUCGGGGUGUAACGAGACUCAUUUUCAGAAUGAAUCCAGAAUACAUUUUCAAUUCUGAGGUGGUGAAGUUUGGACCUGAUUUUUGAUAUUUUGCAGAUUAAAAAUGUCUUGAUUUUACAGAGCUGUAAUUAUACACUACAUGUAUAGGUUUGGUUCAGAUAAACAUUUCAAAAUGUGAAAAAUAAAGAUCUUAUCAGUUA